AUGAAGUCGGCCUCUUUGCUCACGGCCUCCGCGCUGUUGAGCUAUGCUUCCGCCGAGGUUCAUAAGCUGAAGCUCAACAAAGUGCCCCUAGCGGAGCAAUUGUACACCCACAACAUCGACGCCCAUGUGCAGGCUCUGGGCCAGAAGUACAUGGGUAUCCGUCCUUCUGUUCAUGAGCAGAUGUUCCAGAACAGUCCCGUAAAUGAUAUGGGUCGCCACGACGUGCUAGUCGACAACUUCUUGAAUGCUCAAUACUUCUCUGAGAUCGAAAUUGGCACGCCCCCUCAGAAGUUCAAGGUCAUCCUGGAUACCGGUAGCUCCAACCUCUGGGUUCCUUCUUCGGAGUGUGGUUCCAUCGCCUGCUAUCUGCACAACAAGUACGACUCUUCCGCGUCGUCCUCGCACAAGAAGAACGGCAGCGAGUUCGAGAUCAGAUAUGGAUCUGGCAGCUUGAGUGGAUACGUCUCUCAGGACACCGUCAAGAUCGGUGAUCUGAAGAUCGAGGAUCAGCUGUUUGCCGAGGCAACCAGCGAGCCCGGCCUUGCUUUUGCCUUCGGUCGCUUCGACGGCAUUCUUGGACUGGGGUUUGACACCAUCUCCGUCAACAAGAUUGUCCCUCCUUUCUACAACCUGCUGGAUCAGGAUCUCCUUGAUGAGGGCGUUUUUGCUUUCUACCUGGGAGACGCCAACAAGGAAGGUGACACCUCCGAGGUUACCUUUGGUGGUGUUGACAAGGACCACUACACCGGUGAACUGAUCAAGAUUCCUCUUCGCCGCAAGGCGUACUGGGAGGUCGAGUUUGAUGCUGUUGCUCUCGGUGACAACAAGGCUGAGCUCGAGAACACCGGUGUUAUCCUGGACACCGGCACCUCUCUCAUUGCUCUGCCUUCCACGCUCGCUGAGCUCCUCAACAAGGAAAUCGGCGCCAAGAAGGGCUUCUCUGGUCAGUACUCGAUCGAGUGUGACAAGCGUUCGUCCUUGCCCGACCUCACCUUCACCCUGAGUGGACACGACUUCACGAUCACUCCCUACGACUACACCUUGGAGGUUCAGGGCUCCUGCAUUAGCGCUUUCAUCGGCAUGGAUUUCCCUGAGCCCGUUGGUCCCCUGGCCAUCCUUGGUGAUGCGUUCCUAAGGAAAUGGUACAGCGUGUAUGACCUUGACAACGGCGCCGUUGGUCUCGCCAAGGCUAAAUAA